AUGCACGCCAGCCUCUACCUCCUCACCAGCUUCUUGGCUUUCACCUCCGCGGCCACUGUUGACCUGGCUCCCCGCAAGGGCGGCUCCGAUGACAGCGGCUCCGGCUCCAGUGGCAAGGGCAGCAGCGGCAGCAAUACCUGCUCUGUCUGGACCAAGGUCAACAAGGACCUUAACACGCGCUUCAUGGCCGGCGACCAGUGCAACGACCUUGCCCGCGCCGCCAUUCGUGCCAUCUUCCACGACUGCGGCUCUUGGGAUACCACACAAGGCUUCAGCGGUGGCUGUGACGGUUCUCUGAUUCUUGGCAAGAGCUCAUCUGCCGGUGACCCCGAUGAGCUCUUCAGAAACGAGAACCGCGGCCUGCAGAACAUUGCCAAGGUUCUCCAGGAUAUGGCCACUCAGUACGGAACAUCAGUUGCUGACAUGAUUGUGUUUGCUGGAAAUACCGCAAUCUUCCUGUGCCCCGGCGGUCCCAAGGUCAAGACCUUCGUCGGCCGCAAGGACUCCACUGCCAACGCCAAGCCCGGCGGUCUCCCAGACGUCUUUGCCUCCGCGUCCGACCUCUUUGCUCUCUUCCAGGCCAAGGGCUACAGCGCCGAGGACCUUGCCGCUCUUCUUGGCGCUCACAGCACAUCAACUCAGAACUUCGUCGACCCCAGCCAGAAGAACGCAUCUCAGGACUCCACUCCCGGCAAGUGGGAUGUCAACUACUACGCCGAGACAUACAACUACGCCUCUCAGGCCGCCCCCAAGACUGCUCCCCCGGGCGUCUUCGUGUUCCCCUCUGAUGAGAAGCUCGCCACGGACACCAAGACCGAUGUUGCCGCCAAGUUCCAAGGCUUCAUCGGUCAACAGAACAAGUGGGCUAGCAGCUUUUCCGGCGCCAUGGAAAAGAUGGCUCUUUUCGGAAACGACAAGAGGACCAUGACUGACUGCACCGACUCCAUUGCGAGGGUGUAG